AUGGCCGUGCCGCCGCCCGCCGACGAGAGGCCGCUUGUGAUGCUAGCGCAGCCACUCUUCCCGGAGUUCGCCACGGCUCUCGCCGGACGUUACCGGUUCGCGCUGCUAGCGGACGCCGACGCGGCGGCCGCGGCCGAGGCGAGGGCGCUGCUGGUAGGGGGGCUCCCGUCGGUAACGGCCCAGCACCUGGACGCGCUCCCGGCACUCGAGCUCGUGGCGUGCACCUCCGUGGGCGUCGACCACGUGGACCUUGACGCGUGCCGGAGCCGCGGGCUCAGCAUGACCAACGCCGGCGCCGCGUUCGCGGCCGACUCGGCCGACUACGCCGUCUCCUACCACUCGAGGUCGCCCAAGCCGUCGGCACCGUACCCAUUCGUCCCCGCGCUGCGCGACCUUGCCGCCGGCAGCGACGUGCUGGUGCUCUCCUGCGCGCUGACGGACGAGACCAAGCACAUGGUGAACCGGGAGGUGAUGGAGGCGCUGGGGAAGGGCGGGGUGCUGGUCAACGUCGGCCGGGGCGGCCUGGUGGACGAGCCGGAGCUGGUCAGGUGCCUCCGCGAGGGCGUCAUCGGCGGCGCCGGCCUGGACGUGUACGAGAACGAGCCGGCCGUGCCGCCGGAGCUGCUCGCCAUGGACAACGUCGUGCUGUCAGACCACAGGGCCGUGCUCACGCCAGAGUCCAUCGGCGGCGUGCUCGAGGUCGUCAUCGCCAACCUCGACGCCUUCUUCUCGGGGAGGCCGGUGGUGAGCCCCGUGGAGCUCUGA